AUGAAGGCGGCAGCAUCAGCAACCUUGAACCCUCCCACUGCUCUCUACCCAUCACCCAUUUCCCGCCAUAUCAACUUCCUGCCCCAACGGUUUCAACCUCGCCGACACAACUCCGGCAAAGGGUUGAAAUUGUGCAGAAAUGACUCUGUGCGGUCUGCUUGUAGUGUGACUUGUGCUGUCAAUGGAGGUCAGGGUGGAUAUGUCUCUGCGUGGGAUGAGAAACCGUAUGAGUUUCUACCAAAUGGGAAAAGAGCAUACUUGGAUGAACAAGACGUGGUUACGUUCCUUGAUCCCCCCAAAGAGUUGAUUCCUUUGGACUCGGCUUCUUAUAAUCCUGCUGCAUAUCUUUGGUCAGAAAAAAUUGAUGAUAUUCCCCAAGAAAGACGUCGUCGGCUGCUGCGCUUGGUAGAGCCUAGGCUGAUCUCAAGAGCUUGGGAGAUAGCUGGCACACGAUAUGAAGAACCCAAGUUGAUGAACAGAAGCUCAUCUCAACUGUUAUCUAAUGAAGAUGGUGUGUCUCUUGAAUAUUAUAAUUGCCGAACAAGUGGAGGACCAAUGCCUAUUUCUUGGAUAAACUAUUUCAAGACGGCAAUUUUUGCUUGCAAGGAUGGGAACGUAUAUGGACGAUUUAUUGGUGACACAAUUCUUAAUGGACUUGCAAAUUCCUUUAGCCCAUUGUACUUUGUAGUGAGACAGCUAAAGGAAGUAAUGGCAACUGAACAACCUUGUGAUCUAGCAUAUGAGUUUGGGGAUGGGCAAUUUGAUCUCCAUGAAUACCCUGAGGGCUUUCCAAGACCAGUGAAACAUCCGUAUCCUUUCAACGAUCAGGUGGUUGUCUAUGUUCGUCAUCUUGGACCAGGAGUGUCAGUAGGGCAAGCAUGGCAAGAAGGAAAAGCAUUACAACAAGUUCCACAAAAAUUAUGUGGCGACAUUCUAAUGGCGAAAGAUUUUUCUACCGUUAGAGCAGAUCAGUAAGGAAAAUUAAGAAAUGAUAUGCUGCAAUCAAUU